AUGGCGCCCCAUGCUCUCAGUCUCUCACUAGCCCUGCCCUCCCUGCUCCCCUCCCCUGUCCCCCCCAACAUGUAUUCCAACCCCUCCUCCACCCAUCUCCGCACCUGCUUCUCCUACACCAAUAUCAUCUGCCCUAUGAACACCUGGCUCUACGGCGCUGGCGCACUUUUUCCGGGCAGCCGAUGGGCUGCUGACGUGGCGGACACGCAGGAGAGUCUGCAGGCCAAGCUGGCCGAAGCUGUUGGGUGCCCCAUGGCUGAGUUCUUUCUAAAGGGCGAGCGGCGGGAGAAGGAGGUAGGCUGCACUGCUGGGUCACUGCUGGGUGAAGUGAAGGGGUGGUGGGUGGUGGUAGUGGGCUGCUUUUGUUGUCAUUGUUGGUCACGAGCAUCUGAUUUGGAGCUGGGCGAGGCUGCUGUGUGCCCUCUGGACGUGCUCUCAGUAGAAUGUGGGAGGGGGAGGGAGGAGAGGGGAGGGGAGGAUAUGGGAACAGAGGGGUUGACAUUCAACCCUUCCCCCAACUCCACUGCGUUUCAAAACACAUCUACUUACGGUAUGCAUCUCCACAUGCCUUCCCCUCUUCCUCCCAUCAGGCACGCACCACUUCUCUCUUGCACACCCCACUGGCAUUCCCUCUAA